UCAUUAAAUUGACGUUUUUGAAAACAUUUCAACGUGAUUUAAAGGUUAUUUUAAAAUGUUGUGCGUAAAAAUAUGUUAAAAAUAUCAAGAAUUUUAUAUAUAGUAAACAUGAAAUAAAGUUAAUUACCAGGAAAAUUAAGAUAAAAGUUUUUCUUUGCGCCCAUUAAAAAGAAAUUCUACAACGUAACAUAGGCCAUAACACGUGUUGGUACAUUUAGAAAUAAAACGUGAAUUUUUUGGCCAGAAAGUGGUGAUAUUUGUGUACAAAGAUAAACAUAUAAAAUAAUUUAAAAUGGAUAUUGUGAAUGAAAUCUUGGAAAAAGAACAAAAGAAGGCGGAAAAGUAUAAACCUAUCACAGUCGAGAAGCAUUUAGAGUUAGAAUUAGAUGUCGGAACUUUGUUAGCUUUUGACACAAACGAUCUCGAUACUAAAUCAUUAAAAUCUGACAGUCUAAGGGAUGCAUAUUUACAAUCUUUGACUCGUGACAAUACACAGUUGCUUCUCAAUAAAAUAUGGGAAUUGCCAACAGAGAGAAUUGAUGAAGCAAUAGUAGUUAAGUUACCACAACCUACAACCAUUCUCCCACGUUCAAAACCAGUCCCAAAACCAAAACCUUUAACUAAGUGGCAAGAGUUUGCUAAGGCAAAGGGAAUUACAAAGCAAAAGAAAGACAAACUGAAGUGGGAUGAACAGUUACAGAAAUGGGUGCCACUCUAUGGUUUCAGAAAGGCAGCUGCUGAAAAAGAGAAAGAAUGGCUUAUAGAAGUUCCUCAGCAUGUGGAUCCAAUGACUGAUAUGUAUGAAAAGAAAGCAAGUGAAAAAUCAGAGAAAGUUGCUAAAAAUGAGUUGCAAAGGCUUAAAAAUAUAGCUAGGUCUAGGAAAGUCAAUAUUCCUAGGGUUGGGUUGCCUGUCACCUCUGAUAAAGCCAAUGCUACACAGCUAUCAACUGCAGCAGUUGUGGCAAAGGCUUCUACUGCAUCACUUGGUAAAUUCCAAGAUAAGUUGCCAAAAGAAAAAGAAGCGAGAGGUAAAGGUGUCCAUGAACUGAUCCCAGGCAAAGAAAGGAAACGCAAAGCACCAAUACCAACCCCACAGGCUGAAAAAGAAAAUAAUCUUAACCUUAUAGACAGAAUUCUGAACAAGAGACCUAAGAUUGACAUGGAUAAAGCAGUAUCGAAACAUAUUAAUAAAGAACAAAUACAGAGGUCAGAAGAAAAGAAAAAUAUGAAACCAGCUAAAGGAAAAGGCAAAGCUAAGGGUGGCAAUGUUACUAACUUCUCAGCUAAAAAGCCCAAAGCUGGCAAGGGCCAAAGGAAUCCUAACAAAAAGAAUCCAGGUCGCAAGAGAAGAUAGCUUUAAGUUAAACCAAUGGGGCAAUUGAAGUGGACAAAAAAAACACAUAACAUUUUCACAUUAAUGUUAAUUAUAUACCUAGUUUUAUUUAUAAUCUAUAUUUAAUACAUUAUAAAAAACUAAAAAUAUUUAAAGUUUUUCAUAAUGUAUUAAAAGUUAAGAUUGGUAUUAUACUUAAAUAAUUCGAUAAAUACUAUGUGAAAAUAUAAUAGAUAUGUAAGAAGCUGGUCUACAUUCACAUAGAAAAUCCACUUAUUUCAAAUACCAACAAUAAUAGUUGGUUGAAUUCGCAAAAACACUGAAACUAUUCAUACUAAUAUAAAUUUAAAUAUGUAAGUGUUUUUUCAAUGUUUACUUUGAUGUGAAAUGCUCAAAAUAUGUAUUGAAUAUAUAAUA